GGCCCGCACCGGGCGCACCGCGCCCGCCUCCUGCCCCACGCUGUUCGCCACAAGCAGGAACUCAUGGCAUUGUGUUUGAAGGAUCUAGAAGAGAGAAAAGAGCGGGAAGCUGGUAACAGAAGGAAUGUAGAGCAGGCUGCUAAUGAUCUGAAGGCACAUGCCAUUCUGAGCAAAAGGCAGCUAUCAGACAAAGUGACUGAGCUCCAGUUACUACUUCGGGAAGAGGAGAGACUGGCAAAAAACUUCAUUGAUGAAAAGACUCAGCAAGCCCUAGAAGCACAUGAUCAGCAGUUGGAGUCCUGUCGAGAAAAACUUGCAGCCCUGGAGACCUUCUCCCAUCGAAUCAGACAAAUACAACAGCACAGUGAUCCUAUUCAGUUGCUGGAGAAGUACGCAGAAAUCGAGAAGGAAAUGCAGGAGCCCAGGCACCUGUUAGAAGAGUGGCAUCCGAUACGUCUUUCGUUUGAGCACAUACUUAAUCAUUAUAAGCACUUUGUGACAGUUCUUCAAUCCGUUCUACAGAAACCACUGGAAGCCCGGCUUAAAGAAGACGUUUUCAGCAGCCUUAAUGCCACUGUAAAGAAGGAGCCUGGAACAGUGUUGAAAACCAUGUCUCGUGUUGAUCGGUUGCUUUUCUUAAAACAUGCAAGAUCACCAACUUGGGAAUACGACAGCCUUCACCCAAGGCUGAAAUUGUCUGAUGACCGUCUUGUAGUAAGCUGUAAUUGGAGGAGGAUCUUUUACCCCUGUGGUCCCCAGAGAUUCGACAAACUAUGGCAAGUGCUAAGCAGAGAUGCAUUCCUCUCUGGGAGCCAUUACUGGGAAAUUGACCUGCUUCAUGCUGGAGUAGGAUGGUGGAUUGGUGCAGCCUACCCUUCCAUUGGCAGGAAAGGAGACUCUGAAACCUGUCGACUGGGCUGGAAUAGGGCAUCUUGGUGCCUUAAGAAGUUUGAUUUUGAAUACUGGGCGUUUCACAAAGGGGAGAGAACCCCCAUCCAGAUAGAAGAUGAUCCUGAUCGCAUUGGCAUUUUUCUGGAUUAUGAAGCAGGAAUCCUUUCAUUCUACAAUGUUACUGAUUGUAUGGCUCAUUUGCACACCUUCCGCUGCAGGUUCACAGAACCAGUUUACCCAGCCGUAAGGCUCUGGGAAGGGUCCAUCGGAAUAUGCAAACUAACAUGAGGAACAAAGAAAAAUAAAGCCUACUAUUUCAUGCUUUUUCUAUGAAAUCCACUUUAUCAAUGAUCUACACGAAUUAAUCUCUGUCAUAUG